UCUUUGUCUCUGACGUGUUCAGUAUUCAGUCUACCAACUGGUCUCUGUUACUUCAUCUUUGUCUCUGAGGUAUUCAGUCUUCAGGUGAUGAUGGGGGUGUUGCAUCUCUCUUCUCUCUUUCUUCUUUCCCUCCUACGUCCUGGACUCUCUCAUGUGGUGGACAUGUUCCAAAAAAAUUGCGAGAUGUUCUUUCUGAAUGGGAAAACUCCCAAUAUUCCACGUAUUUUGGUUCAAGGGACUGUCCCAAACACGAUUCAGAAACGCUACACGCCGAUCUGUCAGUUCUACCACAACGCCUACAGGUUUGCGACUCUCUACGACACGACCAACAGGAUCCCUGUGUUCUCAGCCUACAAGUUCACUGGUGACGCAGGAACGGGAAAUAAUAUAGAUGAAACAUGGAAGAUAGAGCCCCAGCUCGAAGAUGAUAAUGCAAGUAAAUCAAUGGCUGAUGAGUCUCAGGGUGUCCGAUAUAGACGUCAGGCUACAAACCAGGACUACAUUAACGCAAACGGUGUGAAUAGAGGUCACCUGUUCCCUAGUAUGCACGCUUAUGAUGUUGAGGCCAAGGAGUCCACCUACACCCUGACCAACAUUGUACCCCAGGUAGUGUCCUUCAAUGGUAAGAGCUGGAAUGACAUGGAGACAAACGUCAAAAAUAUUAUGACACAAUCUUGUAAUGGCAAUAACAACAUAAAGGCCUAUGUGGUGACCGGAGCAGUGCCCAGUGACAACCCAGUGGAGAAACUGAACAACCGGGUGAACAUCCCAUCUUCCAUGUGGACCGCCUACUGCUGUGAAAACCCGCCCAAUCAGUGGCAUUCUGGAGCACACUGGGGAGAGAACAAAAAGAAGGGCAGGAAUGGCUAG